ACCUCCAAAAUGACUUGAAGCAGCUUUACUUUGGCCUGUCUGUAUGGGGCCAAAGUUGAAGGGAUUGGAUAGGUUCAGCUUAAAGAGAAGUCUGGGCUGUGACAUGAUGGCGCUCUUUAAAUACCUUAACGACUGUCACAGAGAGGAAGGGACAGACGUCUCCGCUGGUAAGGCCAGGCUUAAUGGUUUUAAGUUACAGGAGGGUAAAUGUCCAUUCUAGAAAUGUGAGUGUACACAUACACCUUAAAAAUGUUGACAGUGAAUCUUGUACCUUGGGCCAGUUACUGUCUGUUAACUUAAGCCUACCUAUGGGAACUUACCUGCCUUGUACUAUUCCAGAAUGGGAGCAAUACCAAUAUCUAUCCACUGCAUCAGCAUCACGGUUUGAGGCAUCUGGGCAUCCAGGGUUUUUAAAGCACUUACUAGAAACAUCGUUAAAACAAAAUUAAGGGGAUGAUGCAGAUUUAGCAGGCGCAUGUGGUCUCACUUUCCUAAAGUCUGACUUACUGGAUUUAACACUAGUCUUUGUAAAACAAACUUCCUUCCUACAGGAGAUGUUCUUAUGACCUUGCGAUCUGCCUCUACUGAAUUGUCUACUGCAUGAAUGGAAAGAUGUAGCUACUGUGGCUGCUUAGAGUUCGGCCGUCUGGUUUUGAAAGCUGCGUGAUCUACGCUGCCUGUAUAAAUGAUGUAUGGAACUGAUUCAAAAGCAUAUUCUAUUGCAUUGAACUGAAAACCCUGAGUCUCAUCCCAUUUAAAUUCCCUUCUCUGGUGCUUAAACUCCUGUAAGCCUUGCCUCUGGCUUGUAAACAUCUACUGAUCAAAUCUUCCCGUUCUCUAUGAUAACAAUGAGGCGCGAUAGACCACAAGAGCGGGCAGCCAGCUGGCCAGCAGAGCAUAUCAAGGUGCUUCUUGCCCUGUGGACUGAGGCAGCCGUCACUCACGAUCUUAGCUCUCAUGGGAGAAACCGCGCAGUCUAUGAUGGUAUUUCUCAACGCCUUGCAGAAAUGGGCAUUUACCGGACUGGUGACCAGUGCCGAGAGAAGAUGAAAGGCCUGAAAGUGGCCUACCGCAAAGCUAAAGAAAACAAUUCGGUGGGGCGGCCACCCAUCAAGUGUCCAUUUUAUGAUGAGAUUGACCAAAUAAUGACACAGUAUAUAAACUGCAGGCCAGGCUUUCCUUCGGAGGCUGGUGAGGGGUCCAGUGUGACUGCAGACAGACAGGAAGGCCUCUCCAUAUCUGAGCCCUGGGGGGGUCAGUCCAGCAUCUCUGAGCGUUGGGGAUCCCAUGCUUCUGGGCACUGGUUGCCACAGACUGCUGCCUCUGAAAGCCAAGAGACUGAUGAAUUCAGCUAUGUCCAGGCAGAGUCUCGGGAUGCCUUCAGUGAGAUCCAGGUAAUUCCAGUUCAAGUGAAGGAAGAGGAAUCAGAAGAUGAAAUAUUGCCUGAGCUGGAUGUCUCCUCUCCUAUAGUGAUGGAGACUCAACCUGCACCGAGACAUCUCAUCUCUAUGCUUGACCAACGGCCUCAUCUUCGAACUCGGAAGCAAAAAGCUCAGGGGGACGGGCAGUCAGGCUACCAAAGGGGCACUGGCCAGAAAUACAAUCGUUCGCAUCAGCUGGAGCUGCAGAGAAUGCAGAGACAGGUUGCCAGCCAAGUAGAGGAGAAGCAGAGUUUAGCAGAGUUCAUUCAGCAUGAUAAAGAGAUGCGCCGUGAGGAUAGAGAGUUCCAGGCCCAGCUCUUUGAGAAGCUUUUCCAGAAACAAACUGAACUUAUCCAGGCACUCACUCAACGACCUCCUCCCAGUCCUACCUCCACUGCUUGUACCAAUGUUCUACACACCUAUCAGGUGUCUACAAAGGCUGGAACAGGAACAACACCAACUCCAGGUCCUGGCUCACAGCUCCAGGCUUUACUAGAGCAGAUAAUGCAAGCUGAAGGAUCAGGAAAGGGCCUAACCAGGCUUGCAAUGAAGGAAGCACUUGGAGGAGCAGUGAAGGUGCCCCCUGAUGUGCAGUACUGGACUGCUGAAGAGAUACUGAGGUGGCUGCUUUCACAGCAGUCUCCUGGAGACCAAUGCCAAGAAGUGCUGACAGGCCCAAGGCAGUUUGCAGUUGCAGGGCACAUGGGAACAAUGGGGAAAGGUGAUAACCCAGAGGCACAUCUCUCUGUUUUGAAUCCAUUAUGUGACUCCUACCAAAAUUCAGGACAGCAAAGGAAAGGCCAACUUCGUAGCAAAGGCCAGCAGCUCUAUGGAAGCAGUUGCGCUAAACCACUAGAAACAGACACAGACUUAGAGAUGCACCGCCAGAGUUUCAGGCAGUUCCGCUACCAGGAUGCAGAGGGACCCCAAGAGGUCUACAGGGGCUUGUGGCGCCUUUCCCACCAGUGGCUGCGCCCAGAGGCCCAUACCAAAGAGCAGAUCAUGGAACUGCUAGUUGUUGAGCAGUUCUUGAGCAUUCUCCCUGAGGAGAUCCAGACUUUGGUACGCGAAUGUCAGCCAGAAAAUGGCAAGGAGGCUGUGGCCCUGGCAGAGAGGUUUCAGCUUCACUUUGAGUCAAAGAAGCAACGAGACCGGACACAGAUGACAUCUGAUGACAUAGUGGCAGAUUCCCCCCAUGAAGAACUAGAUGAGGAUCAGAGACAGCCCUACAUCAAAGACAGUCAAGACAAUCCUAUGAGGGGUGACCCGCUUGGUACAGAAGCUCACCUUCGGCUGAGGAAGAGGCCAAAGCCAGGUCCAAGGGAACGGAUUGUGGCCAAACAGGAUGGAGAACAUGAAGAGGCAACCACAAAGCAAAGGAAGCUGGACAAAAACCUAGAGGACCAGGAGACAAUGGAGACCGGUGAAAAAUUAAAGCAAAUUCCCAGUUCUAUGCCAGGAAAGCAAAGUGGGAAACCAAAACCCCGGGGAAGACCUAUUCCAGGGUGUAAUGCUUCUGUGCCUGGAGAGAGUCAUAUUGAAGGUGGAACCAAGAUAGAUGCCAAUGGCAGAGGUUCAGAAGGUCUAAAUGGGGUACUCUCCCCCGAUCCAUUGAAUGAACAGAAGGGAUCAGCUGGGCUUGGGCCAUCUCGGUUGGUUUUUGACAAAGUUGUGACUGUUCCAGGCUCCCAGCGUGAGCAUGAUGGCCACAUGUCUCCUGAGGCCGAUGGACCGUCACUCAGUGACAGCAUUGACAUUUUACUGGAUUCUCCCUGGAGUGGAAAUGGCAGUGGUGACACAACUCAUGAUGGCCCAUCUGGUCCUAGGAUGUUACCAUCCUGCGCCAGUUGCACCAUGUUGAAGGCUGAGUUGGAUACUCUGCGUGAAGAGCUCAGACUAACCCAAGCUUCCACACUGUAUGGGUUGAGCGGUACCGCAUUACGAGAUUUGUCAGAGGCUCUUGGCACCAUUGUGCACAUCCUCAACAGUAGGAAGUCCCUGUCAACAACCAAUGCAUCCCAGAAUGUCACUGAAAUUCCCAGCAGGCCAGAAUGGCGAGAGAGAAAUCACUUAUGAAAUGUCUCAUGGGCUGAACGUAACCUAGCAUCAAGAAAUUCAGCAGCAAUAUUGACAAUACUAGGUUGAGGACCUAUAUUAAAAAGGAAGAAAAGUGCCCUCAGUUCUUGGUGGUCUGAGACUUAUAACUUACCUUGCUACAUUCAUCUCCUUCCAAUCGCAUAUCAUAUAGGUUGUUCAGACUGCAACAGGCUCUGGAGCUAAUGCUCUUUUUACUGUAUGGCAAAUGUUGACUGUCAUUACUUUUUUAAUGCUUCUCUGUUUAUUUGUUUUUUUAUACAGUAGUAGCUGUUUGUUUGUUUUUCCUCUUUCCUGCUUGGAUCUAAAUAAAGCUACUGAGAAUGG